UGGCGCUUGCGUGCUACGAGCUGGUUCCGCAUGCGCAGUGUAGUCAAGCGAAGCGCACGCUGAGAGUCGGCGGUUGCUGAGGGCUGAUCGAGCCCGAUCUCUCUGACUGAAGAGCGUGGCCUGGGACCUUGGUGUGGGAUUCACACACAUACCUCAGAAUGCCGGGUCUAAGUUGUAGAUUUUAUCAACACAAAUUUCCUGAGGUGGAAGAUGUAGUGAUGGUGAAUGUAAGGUCCAUUGCUGAAAUGGGCGCUUAUGUCAGCUUGCUGGAGUACAACAACAUCGAAGGCAUGAUUCUUCUGAGUGAGUUGUCAAGAAGGCGUAUCCGUUCUAUAAACAAACUCAUCCGAAUUGGCAGGAAUGAAUGUGUGGUGGUUAUUAGAGUGGACAAAGAAAAAGGAUAUAUUGAUUUGUCAAAAAGAAGAGUUUCACCAGAGGAAGCAAUCAAAUGUGAAGAUAAAUUUACCAAAUCCAAAACUGUUUACAGCAUUCUUCGUCAUGUUGCUGAAGUCUUAGAAUACACCAAGGAUGAGCAGCUGGAAAGCCUAUUCCAGAGGACUGCCUGGGUCUUCGAUGACAAGUACAAGAGACCCGGAUAUGGUGCCUAUGAUGCAUUUAAGCACGCAGUCUCAGACCCAUCUAUUUUGGAUAGCUUAGAUUUGAAUGAAGAUGAACGGGAAGUACUCAUUAACAAUAUUAAUAGGCGUUUGACCCCACAGGCUGUCAAAAUUCGAGCAGAUAUUGAAGUGGCUUGUUAUGGUUAUGAAGGCAUCGAUGCCGUAAAAGAAGCUCUGAGAGCGGGUUUGAAUUGUUCUACAGAAACCAUGCCCAUCAAAAUUAAUCUAAUAGCUCCUCCUCGGUAUGUAAUGACUACAACCACCCUGGAGAGAACAGAAGGCCUCUCUGUCCUCAAUCAAGCUAUGGCUGUUAUAAAAGAAAAAAUUGAAGAAAAGAGGGGCGUCUUCAAUGUUCAAAUGGAGCCCAAAGUGGUCACAGAUACAGAUGAGACCGAACUUGCAAGGCAGCUGGAGAGGCUUGAGAGAGAAAAUGCAGAAGUGGAUGGAGAUGAUGAUGCAGAAGAAAUGGAAGCCAAAGCUGAAGAUUAACUUUGUGGGAAACAGAGUCCAGUUUAAGGAACACAAAGCAGCCUUCGUGGCUGUAAACCCUAGACUUAAAAGUUUUCCAGUAUUGAAAACUUCAAAGCUGAAUAUUUUUUAUUUUAAGUAUUUAAAUGUUCCAACAGACCAAAACAUGAAAUGCCCUCCUAAAUGUUAGCUGUUUUCACACAGUAGCUCCAACACCUUGAGCAUUUUUUAAGGGAGUGGCCUGAUUUCACUAGAGACAGAUCUUCAAGACGAGACAUAAAUUGGGCUUAUGAUUUCCAUUUCUGAUAUCUCCAGAUUGGCACCCUUUUGUAGAUGAGUGCCUCCAUGAGAUUUACCAGAGGCACUCAAAGCGAAUAGUUCCAACCUUUCUAUAUAAAAUGUAUCAAGCAAACAUUAAAUAAAUUUCUGGGAUAUUUAA